AUGUCAUUUUUGGAUCGAGCUCGAAGUGUAGUGGGGAACCUCGACGCCACUUAUGACGUCGAUUCCUCGGAUCGAGUAAAGUACGUCUACACAUCGUGGAUGCUUUGCGGCGCAGCAUUUCUGAUAUUUGCUAAAGAGUACGUUGGUCAAGCGAUCCAAUGUUGGGCUCCGAUGCAGUGGUCGGGAGGAUGGGAGCAGUAUGCGGAGCACUUCUGCCUUAUAGAGAACACAUAUUUUGUUAAUAUGAACGAUUCGAAUUUACCGGCAGCAGAACUACGAGAGGCUCGAGAAAUUCGUUACUAUCAGUGGGUCCCAUUCGUCUUGGUGUUGAUGGCGCUUUUUCUUUAUCUACCCCGAUUCGUCUGGAAACAGCUCCAGCACUUCACAAAGAUCGAUCUUCCGUCCGUUACCGUGGCGCUUAGGAAUGAAGCUAAGAAGAAUUACGAUCCGCUAAACAUGAGUAGUCUCAUGAAACCAGCUCGAAAAGGAUCUUGGGGAUACAAACUCACACUUGCUCUCGUUCUCUCUAAACUUCUUUCUGUUGCGAUUGUUGUCGGAGAAAUAAUAUUUAUCGGGUGGUUUAUGGGAGCUGGCCACCUUCAUGGCCUGCGCGUCGUUGUAGACGCACUGAACGGUCGACAGUGGGAGGAUAGCGGGAACUUCCCGAGAGUGACAUUUUGUGAUCUCGAAGUGAGAGAACUUGGCGGGGCCGUUCACAAGUGGUCCCUACAAUGUGUUCUAAUGAUCAACAUGUUCAACGAGAAAAUCUUCGUUUUUCUUUGGUGGUGGUUCUGUUUGCUGCUCUUCAUCUCCAUCCUCAAUCUCUUCCGAUGGAUAGUUCGACUCUCGUUCGAUUCGCAGCGUGCUUUUGUGACCGCAGUACUGGAAUCAGCCAUAAAUGACGAUGUGGAUUCGCGAAAUGUUAGCGAUUUCUGCAGGUCAGGUCUCAAAACUGACGGUGCCACUAUAGUUCAUCUCAUCGAGGAAAAUGCUACGAUCUAUCAAGCUGCCGAGUUUCUAACUCCACUGUGGGAGGAAUUUAUGAGCUCAAAGGCAAAGAUUGAGUAG